CAGAGUACUUAUUGAAUACCUACUGAUCGUGAGAUGAAAUGAAAUAUUGAUUAAUGAUUUGUAUUUCGUAAUUUCGUACCGUUCUAAUAGUUUUUGUUAUUAUUUUAUAACUAUAAUUGUGAAGAUUUCUUCAAAUACUGUAACAGCUGUUAUGUCAUCAUCCAGUAAUAUUUCCCAAUCUGGAUAUUCCCCAUCAGAGUCAGAAACGCCGCAGAGUACACCACAGUCUAGAAUACAAAAUUUUGAUCAAUCUUUAAGUCAUGGGGAUCAUGGUCACAGUUUCGAGCAAUCAUUGAAAAAUGCUCAUAAAGAACUGCACCAAAAAAGAAUACAAGCUUUACGCAAGGAACUUGACUACCUAAAAUCUACAGAAUGGAAAUUUGAUUACGACAAAGGAUUUGUCCAAUAGAUUUUUAGUAUUACUUUAAAUUCUAAUUCCACUACUAAAAUGCUUUCAUAUAUUAAAGACUUUUUCAAUUAUCUAAUCAAUAAUAAUGAUGAUACUGAUGACCAGGAUAAAGAAAAAUUCUUAGCUCAUGAACUAGUAGAAUUAGAGAUCCAAGCUCAAAAAGAAGAACCUGUUAUGAGCUGUAUUGAAAGAGACACACCUAGUGAUGCAGUUUGUUUUAAAAAGACAGGCUUAAUAACAUACUGUGAGAAUAAUAUUGUUCUGAUAGAUGGAACAGUUUAUUAUGAUAUAUCUAACUGUUCAUUAAAAUUAAAUGUAAAUGACAAGGUCCUUUACUUAGGUUAUAAGGAUAGCAAUGACAGUGUUUUCAUUGUAAGAAUUUUAGGAAACCUAGGCUUAGCUUGGGGAGAUGCGGAAGAAGCAGAGGAAAAUAAAUUUAGAGUUGUUGAGCAUGUGUUAAUUGGCCAAGUUGCAAGGAGACAGGACAGAUUUAUUUAUAUCAGUGAAUCUGAUUUAAAAUUUAACCUAGAUGAUGUUGAAGGAACCUUUGUACCUAUAGAAGGAGAUUGGUUGGAGAUUAUAUGUUCUGUGCAAGAAGAUUCUAUAAGACCAUUUAAUAUAUCCACUGACCAAGUCUUAAAAGUGAUUGCUUUUAAUGCUAUUCGAACUAAAAUCAAAACUGGAAUUGUUACUCAAUGGUCGGGUUCUUCGGGAAUAUGUGACAAUCAAAUUUAUAUUGACAACAGAACUCUUUUAAAUGGUAUUCAACCAGUUCUUGGAUCAAAGGUUUUAGUAGAGGCAAUAGAAAGUAAUCAAGGUUCAUGCACAUGGAGAGCUAUAAAGUUGAUGGUAGUCAGUAACGAAACUACUAUUAGGCCACAGAAUAUAAUACUAAAUGAAGAGCAAGUCAGUCUUGACCUGGAAGUAGAAAAAAAUAUAGAGAUGACGCAUCCUUUAAAAUUUGAUCAAAUAUGUUUUCAACAAACACAAAAAAUAAUUUUAAAUAUAAUAAAUAGAAGUAAUCAGUUGUAUGUCAUGAACAAAUGGAUCAUAUUAAGCAAAAAACUAAAUUCUCAAAUACAAGUUAAACCAUAUAUCAAUCAACCAAUAAAGUUUGAUCCAGGACAAAAAAUUAGUUUCACUGUUACAUGUAUGCCAAAAUUUUUUGGGCAAUCUAAAGAGAGUUUAGUAUUUCUUUUUAAAGGAUUUCAAUUGAAGCGAAUUAUUGAGAUAAACGUAAUUGAAAACAAACAAAUUCUUAGUAAAGAAGUUGGAGAUAAUUAUAACCAAAAGAAAGAAAUAAAUAAAGUUGAUGAAAUGAAGAAAAUAAGAGACAAUGUUGAACCAUAUAUUGUUGGAGUUAAACCAUAUAAAUUAUCUGCAUUUGUUGAUGUUAGGAUUGGAGAUUAUUCUAUUCCAGAUAAAAUAUGGGCUGUUCUCUUAGGAGAUUCUAGCAACUUAACUUUUUGCGCUGAUUUUAAUAAAUUAUUAGCCAAAAUUGAAUUGAAUUUUCCUUUUUUGUCACAAAAUUUAACGAUAAAUAAUUAUAUUGAUAAAUGGCAUACACUAUUAUGGAUGGACGAAGUUCAAGCUAAUUUAAACAUGAGAAUUUAUGAUAACACUAAAGCAUUCUUAUUGCGUUGUGAUGAGUAUCUUGGCAUAGAAAUAACUAAGUUAACCGAAAGAAGACCAUCAUUGAUUAAAGGAGAUAGGGUUAUUGUAAGAGAUGUAAGGAAUCCAAAUGCAUCUCGUUACGAAGGCUAUAUUCAUAACAUAAGAGGGAAUUUAGUUUUGAUUAAAUUUCAUCCACAUUUUCAUGACUCUUACAAUGGCGGCGACGUCUCAAUAGAGUUCCAUUUCAGUCGAACCAUGUUUAGAAGAUCACACCAUGCAAUUAAUUUGGCUUUGUCUAAUCUCGGUCCUGACAUAUUGUUUCCUUCCCGAAUAAAAAUUAAAUCGCCUCAGAUAUCUGAUGAGAAUCUUGGCAAAAUAAAAUGGUUUAACACAAAAUUAAAUAGCAUUCAAAAACAUGCUGUUAUAAAUAUACUUAAAGGCGAAUGUCGGCCGAUGCCAUACGUGAUAUUCGGUCCGCCAGGUACGGGAAAAACUGUUACUCUUAUCGAAACUAUUUUGCAAAUAUUGGCUAUGGUCCCAGAAAGUAGAAUUUUGGUUGCGACGCCAUCUAAUAGUGCAGCUAAUUUAAUAACAGAGAGGUUAAUACAGUAUAAAGCUUCCUUUACUGGUUCAAUUGCUAGAAUUAUUGCAAAUUAUCUGAUCGAUUCUGAGAGCAUACCCAGUACUAUCAAACCAUAUUGUGUUCAUUUUGAUAUAUCUGCAGAAAAUAGGUUGGAAAAAAUUCAAGAUAAUUAUCAGAAAACACACAUAUGUAGACAUCGAGUUACUAUCGGCACGUGUUAUUGCCUUGGUAUGUUCCUACAUUUAAAAUUACCUAAAAACCACUUUACACACAUAAUUAUAGAUGAAGCAGGUCAAGCUACGGAGCCCGAAAUAAUGGUGCCAAUGAAUUUUAUUCACAAAGAACAUGGACAAAUUAUUCUUGCAGGUGAUCCAAUGCAGUUAGGUCCUAUAAUUCUAUCGAAAUAUUGCAAAGAGUAUGGGAUGGAUGAAUCUUUUUUGUGUAGGCUACUUGAUAGAUUCCCUUAUCUUAAGGAUUAUCAUUCAUUCCAAAACGGCUUCGACAACCGACUUGUAACAAUGCUGAAUGAGAACUACAGAUCAUUAAAGGAAAUUAUAAAAUUGGCCAGUGAUAUGUUUUAUGAUGGAAAACUUGUAGCAAUAAUAGACGAAAGUAUGCCAUGGACAUUAAAAUUUAUGCAAGCGACCUGUGAAAUCUUCGAAUCAAACAGUAGCACUGGUGGUAUAUUCGUGUUUGGUAUUAAGGGUGACAAUGUGAGAGCUGAAGACAGCCCUUCUUGGUAUAAUCCUCAAGAGGCGGCAAUGGUAGCACUUACUACAUGUAAACUGUAUAAAAGGCACAUAGCGGCUGAUGAAAUUGGUAUUAUAACACCGUAUUUGUCACAGGUAAAAUAUUUGCGAAUUCUUUUCAGCUCUAUGGGGCUACCUAUACCUAAAAUAGGUACGGUUGAAGACUUUCAGGGGCAGGAACGACCAAUUAUUCUUAUAUCAACAGUGAGAUCUACUGAAUCACUUUUGGAGGAAGAUUCAAAACAAGCAUUAGGAUUUGUGGGAAAUCCAAAACGGUUCAACGUCGCAUUGACAAGAGCUCAAAUAUCAACAAUAAUUUUUUGCAACCCAUAUCUAUUCUCCAAAGAUCCUUCGUGGAAGAAAGUCAUAGAAAGUGCAGUCUCAACGGAAAAAUACAUGGGCUGUGAUCUGCCCUUUGAUUUUGAUAAUACUGUGAAUAAUACAUAUUAAUUCUGACUGAUAA